GACUCAGAAUUAGAACUCAAGUCCUCUGACUCCAAAUUCUGGACUCUCCGCUGCAUCGCGCUCUCUCCAUAGGCAAGUUUGGGGCGGGUCAGUUCUGAAACCCAGUUCUCUUGCCCUGGACUUUUUCCUGGCUGCACUACCUUUCAGCGACUCCUGGCAGUCCGUGAAUGACUAAGAAGGUGGGAUUGCGGAGCGACCCGUGGUGUGCUGGAAGAGCAAGGAAAGCAAUCCUGACUGUGGCGGGGAGCACUGGGGGAGGAGAAACUCAAGGCAGGGAGUCCAGGGACCCGAGUGACCUAUUCAGCAGAGUGGCCCUCACCAGCCCUUUCUCUCGGCCCUCAGUCCCAGUCCGAACCCCAGAAUGACAGUGACAUACACAGCUCGCGUAGCAAAUGCUCGCUUCGGGGGGUUCUCCAAGCUGCUGCUGCUUUGGCGGGGAAGCAUUUACAAACUACUCUAUCGAGAGGUGCUGGUCUUCCUUGGGGGGUACUUGGCACUGAGCGCCAUCUACCGCUUUAUCCUGACUGACAAUCAGAGACCGUACUUCGAGAAGCUAGUCAUAUACUGUGACCAGUACGCCAACCUCAUCCCUGUCUCUUUUGUCCUGGGGUUUUAUGUCACACUGGUGGUGAAUCGAUGGUGGAGCCAAUACACGUGUAUGCCUCUGCCUGAUGCCCUCAUGUGUGCAAUAUCCGGCUCGGUACAUGGCCGGGACGAGCGGGGCCGACUAUACCGGCGCACACUCAUGCGAUAUGCAGUCCUGUCUGCCGUGCUCAUCCUUCGCUCUGUCAGUACGGCUGUCUUCAAACGUUUCCCCACCAUGGACCAUGUGGUAGAGGCUGGGUUUAUGACUCGUGAAGAGCGGAAAAAAUAUGAGAGCCUGAAUUCAUCCUACAACAAAUAUUGGAUACCCUGUAUCUGGUUCGCCAACCUUGCUGCCCAAGCCCGCAAAGAGGGUCGGAUCCGAGACAGCAGCACUUUCAAGCUGCUUAUGGAGAAACUGGAUGAGUUCCGGGCCAAAUGUGGGAUGUUGUUUCAUUAUGACUGGAUCAGCGUGCCCCUUGUCUACACUCAGGUGGUGACAAUUGCAGUAUACAGCUUCUUCCUGGCUUGUCUUAUUGGGCGCCAGUUCCUGGACCCAACCAAGGGAUACGAGAAUCAUAACAUGGACCUGUGCAUUCCAGUCUUCACCCUGCUUCAGUUCUUCUUCUACGUUGGCUGGCUCAAGGUGGCUGAGCAGCUCAUAAACCCCUUUGGGGAGGACGAUGAUGACUUUGAGACCAACUUUUUGAUUGACAGGAAUUUCCAGGUGUCAAUGCUGGCGGUGGAUGAGAUGUAUGAUGACCUGCCACUGUUAGAGAAGGAUUUGUACUGGGAUGCUGCGGAUGCCCGGGCACCCUACACAGCAGCCACCGCUUUCAUGAGGCACCAGCCCUCCUUCCAGGGUUCCACCUUUGAUAUCACGCUGGCUAAAGAGGACAUGCAGUUUCAGCGACUGGAGGGCAUGGAGGGGCAACUGGGGGAAGGUCCCUCAGUACCAGGAGACUUCUUGCACCGACUACUGGCAGGUGGCUCUGGCCCAGGUCCUUCCGCAAUCUUGGGCCGACGACUGUCCUUGCUUCGAAGGAAGAAUAGCUGUGUUUCAGAGGCUUCAACCACAGCUGGCUGUCCUUGUCCAGACUGUGGCCAAGAUGACUCAGCCACAGGUCCCCUCCUGGACCCACCCUCUGACACAGAGCCCACCCCACCUGCUGCUCCUGCUUCUUCCUCUGUGGAACCCCCUCCCUCUGUGGUAGUGGUACCCAUGGCUCGAGGCCCAACCCCUAAUCCUGCACCAUUGCCUCCCUGGCUGCCUAGCCCAAUUGGAGAAGAGGAGGAGAGCUUGGCCUGAGACUUGUUGCUCACUGACUGACCAGCAUGCUAAGCACUGGUCAGAUGGAUGGCCAGCCACUGGAGAGAUGGGACUAUUGGACCAAGACACUUUCACGGUCACCCCUCCCCUACCCCAACACAAAGUGCAGCUUCUACAGCCCAAGAGAUAUCAUCUAGAGUAGGAUGAAAAUGAUGCCACUAAUGGUCUUACCUAUAAGAGCCACCCCUCAAACCCCCUACCCCAUGUCCCAGGGCAAUGCCUGAAAACUCCCC